AUGUCUUUUUUUCGUGAUGAGAGUGGCACUGUAGUAGAGCCGGACGAAUUGGCAGUCGGAAGUUUUGAACAUUCUUCUGAGUUGGAUUCCGAUUUAUGCGAAUUGGCAGUAUAUAUGUUGCCGUCUGUACCUGAUGCCUUUCAUAGGAAAUUUGGGGUGGGACGACUCGUCGGCGUGUGCUCGACCGGCUGCACGCUGAUCAAGAACUUGCAGUCAGGAGAUCGCCUGUACGGAAGCCAUCGCAAUUUAUGGGCUACCGUAAGAGGAAAUAUUGGAUGGAGCGUCGCGCAGAAUUUCACAAAUAUUGUUGCAUCUGUGCUUGAUGCUCUGUACAACUUAUGGAGCUGCUGCAGGAGGUUGGUGUAUCUAUUACAAUUAGACACGGAACCUUGA